AUGUUGCAGGAUGUUACACAAGCAGUAGAGAGCGCAAUUCAGCACCUUCUGACUGUCCCCAGCAGCAUAGAUCCAUACACACCUCCCAGAAGAAUCUUCACAGUCAUAGACAACACCCUCAAGGCCCCUUCUGGCUCAGGCAGCUCAGGCAACAAGGACUUCUUAGUCCCUAUCAAGGAUGAGCCUGACCCAAAAGGAAAAAGGGUCAAAUUGGAGUCACCAGAACCACCUAAAACAACCCCAAACACCUCCUGGGCAAUCCUACACACCCAGGAACACCUUGAUCCCAGCCCAGAGCAGCCCUUCAUCAGGCCAACACCUGUAGACCUCCCAAGCGCAUCUCAAGCAGCAACAAGAGAAACAAAUGAAGAAAAGGAGGCAAGAACGCUACACAACAUUGCUACCAUCAUGGGCAGAGCAUUAUCUGUCCCACUUCAGAGCACCUUCAGGGGACUGUCCCAAACUCCUGGUCCACACCAAGGGAAAUCAAAAAUCCCUGCUCCUGAGAAGUACAAUGGCAAGAAGGGCCCUGCAUCCAAAUCAUUUAUCCUGGAUUGCAAAACCUACUUCCUUAGCAAUGCUUUCUCAUUUCCUUCUGACCACAAUGGACAACCCAAGAAGUGGGGACAGAUCUAUUUAGAGAAGCUGCUGAAUGGGGAUGACAAGCCAACCUUGGAAUCAUGGGAUACAUUUGAAACAGCAUUCUUGCGCAACUGGAGCAAUCCAGCAGCAGCACAAAUUGCAGAACGGCGCCUGCGCAAGCUCAAGCAGCUGAAAUCAGCAAGCAAUUAUGCCACAGAGUUUAGAAUCAUAGCCAGCAAACUAGAAUGGUCAGACCCUGCCCUCAUUGCCUCCUUCCGCCAGGGACUCAAGGUGUCACGACUAAGCUCGGACCUAUGA